AUUUCCCAUCUCAACGUCCUCCCACUAACACGCCUCGACACGCGAUUAAAGCAUACAAACUUUAAGCUCUAUUUUGUUUAUACUUUCACUUCCCCCUCUCUCUCGUGCAUACAUAAAGAGUGCUUCAGCUUGCAAUGGAGCAAUCAGCUACAUCAUCCUCUACAUCAUCACCUACGAAGCGACGCGCCCUCGCUCCCUUGGAUUCUAACGCGCUUGCUGCACCAAAGAACUUAUUCAAGCCUGCAUUGGGUCAUAGUCCUGUAAAGAUGGCUAUCGAGGGGAGGAAGAGGUUGCUUGAUAUUGAGGGCAGCGCGCCUGCUGCUAAGAAGGCGUGUCUGGGACGUGAUGAGGACGCGUCUGAGAGGAGUGCCAGUCCUGAUGCUAGCUCUGUCUUCGACACAUCUGCCAACGAUAAUUCAUGGGCUACUGCUGCAACCGAACAUGAUGCGGCUGCGGCUCCUACAACGGUACAACCCACACAGCAGACUACAACACUUACACGCCAACAAAUAAGACAAAGAGCAGAAACACUUCGUCUCCGUCUAUCCCUCGCAAACUACAAAGUCCGCACAGGCCAAACAACCGUGCCCCUCUCCGAACUACAACAACGACCAUUACCCCGCGAGUCACCACGCGUCGUCCGCGUACAAAGCCCCGAGUCCGCCAGCGUGUCCAACCAAGAGGAAGAGACAGAGACAAGAUCGCGAAGAGACUCGAUAGAUUCACAGCAGACAGAGAUCAUGGAGGAGGAAGACGAGGAGCAAAGUUGAUGAGAUAUCGGGAUAUAAAAA